AUGCCGCUCCACCAUCAGCCGAACACAGAGGAGAGCAAGAUCCUCAAGCAUCUCCUUGCUGGCGGUCUAGCUGGAGCCAUUUCGCGCACUUGCGUUUCUCCCCUUGAGCGUGUCAAGAUCUUGUUCCAGCUUCAACGACCCGGGCAAGUAAAGUACCGAGGCGUGUGGCACGCUCUAGUGACGAUAUUCAAGGAGGAGGGGCUCUACGGCUACCUCAGAGGCAACGGCACGAACAUCAUCAGAAUAUUCCCUUAUUCCGCUGUACAGUUUGCCGCCUAUGAACAGUUUAAGAAGCUGUUGAAGGUGAAGAAGGAUUCGGGACCACUUCGAUUUUUGAGUGCGGGCGCAGGCGCGGGCAUUACGUCCGUCGUCGCCACCUACCCACUGGACCUCAUCCGCACUCGACUCAGCUCUGGUGCUGCCGCCGACAAACAGUACAAAGGCAUCUGGCAGGCCUUCAUCAAUAUUGUGAGGACAGAGGGUCCUCUGGCCACCUACAAAGGAGUCGUCGCGACGGUCCUCGUAAGUGUUAUCUGCUCCGUCUGCCACCACGCGCUGGGUUUCGCCGGACUUAAUUUUGCCACCUAUGAGGUCUUCAAGCGAUUCUGCAGCAAGCAGUUUCCCAACGUACAGCCAUCCGCCAUCCACCUUACAUGCGGUGCCGUCGCCGGCGCAGUCUCACAAACAGUCACGUAUCCUCUCGACGUCUUGCGACGCCGAAUGCAGAUGCAAGGAUUCGACGGUCACCCAGCCUACACAUCAACCUGGGAUUGCACGAGAAGUAUGUGGAGGCUCGAGGGCGUAAACGGAUUCUACAGAGGGAUGAUCCCCAACUACCUCAAGGUGGUCCCGUCGAUCAGUAUCACCUUCCUUGUGUAUGAAUGGAUGAAGACCGUCUUGGACGGCUGA